CUUUUAUUAUACUAGCGAUAUGAUUUCCGGUGUGUUUCUAGAAGCUUCCUGCGUGUGACCUCCACUUGAGGAAAGUUGUUUAUCUGAUUUAAGGAAACUUUUAUAAACUUUAAAGAUGGUUCACGAAAGAGAAAAGAUCACAGAUGGAGAUCCUGAGGAUAAAGCUGAAGAGGAAGAGGAGGAAGAGGAGGAAAUAGUGGACCCUUUAGAGACGGUGAGACAGAGGUGUGAGGAGACCGAGCACUGUGUACACACACACCACAGGCUGCAGGAGUGUGAAGCUCGGGUGAACUCACGGUCAAACACGGUGGAAGACUGCACUGAGGAACUGUUUGACUUUCUCCAUGCACGGGACCACUGUGUCACACAGAAGCUCUUCAGUUCAUUAAAAUGAGCCCUAUUACACCUCA